AUGCCGCACAUGACUAUGGAAAAUAACUCUUCUGUGUCCGAGUUUGUUCUGAUGGGACUGACAGACCAGCCUGAGCUCCAGCUGCCCUUGUUUGUUCUGUUCUUGAUGAACUACACAGCCACCGUGAUGGGAAACUUAACUUUAAUGAAUCUUAUUUGCUUAAACUCAAACCUUCAUACUCCCAUGUACUUCUUCCUCUUCAAUCUGUCCUUCAUUGAUUUCUGCUAUUCAAUGGUCUUUACUCCCAAAAUGUUGAUGAGUUAUUUAGAGAAGAAUAUCAUCUCUUUCGGAGGAUGCAUGACUCAGCUGUUUUUCUUCCUGUUUUUUGUGAACUCUGAAAGUUAUGUGUUGACAGCCAUGGCCUAUGAUCGCUAUGUUGCCAUUUGUAAGCCAUUAACAUACAAAGUUAUUAUGUCCCCUAAAAUCUGUUGUGUGUUGAUAUUUGGAUCUUACUUGAUGGGAUUUGCUAGUGCCAUGGCCCACACAGGAUGUAUGAUCAGGCUCACCUUUUGUAAUUCUAACAUCAUCAACCACUACAUGUGUGACAUCUUCCCUCUCCUCCCACUCUCCUGUAGUAGCACCUAUGUCAAUGAGCUUAUGAGUUCGGUUGUGGUAGGUACAGCUAUAAUUUUAUGUUGCCUCAUUAUUUUAAUCUCUUAUGCAAUGAUCCUUUUCAAUAUCAUUCAUAUGUCAUCAGGUAAGGGUUGGUCCAAAGCUUUGGGGACUUGUGGGUCUCAUAUCAUAACUGUUAGUCUCUUCUAUGGAUCUGGGCUGCUUGCUUAUGUCAAGCCAUCAUCUGCAGAGACUGUGGGUCAGGGAAAAUUUUUCUCAGUGUUUUAUACUUUAUUGGUGCCCAUGUUGAACCCUCUUAUUUAUAGCCUCAGAAACAAGGAUGUCAAACUUGCUGUGAAGAAAACCUGGAAAAGAAUCACAAGCUGA